CGCAAACCUUCAUCUUCUUUCUUCCUUUCUCACUUCUUUAUUUUUUGGCUACACAACUUCCUCCUGCCCCAUAAACAAUGAAACAGAAACUUACAGGACAAUAACUACUCCUACUACUGCCUCAGUAAUUCCACAAUGAACUAAGAAGCUAAAGAAUCAAAUAAUGGCAAUGCAUCCUUAUCUUCAUCCGCAAACAACUACGUGCCUUAACCGAGUAUAUAUGACACAGCCAUCCGAUAAUCAGAAAGACAGAAUCCAGGAGGUAACAAUACGCCUGUCUAACCAAUUUGCACCACUGGAAUCAGUUUUCAGGCGGCGGCUACUUGUGGGGAUUGGCACAGCAUCUCUGGUUGCAUUGGGCGCCGAUUUUGCUGGAGUCACCAGUUCCCUACUAGGCCUGUCGCCGGAUAGUGCUCGGAGACUUAGGCUUGAUGUAAUUUAUCCUAUUGGAGGUUAUAGCCGAUGCCUUGAUGCGAUGGAAGGAUUUGAGUUUAUAUAUCCAUCAAAUUGGGUGGGAGAUCAGACAGUAUUGUAUCGAGCAGCGAGAAAAUUAGAAAGAUCACUGGAUCCACCACCUCUGAGCAAUGAUGAUCGGAGGAGGAAGAAUGUAAAUGAGCCGGUUGUCGCGUUUGGUCCACCGGGGUCAAAUGGGGAGCUCAAUGUUAGCGUCAUUGUCUCACCAGUUUCUAUUGAUUUCUCGAUAGACACAUUUGGAGGACCAAAGGAAGUAGGAGAAGCGAUAGUGCGGACUAUAACAGGAUCAGGCAAACUCCCUAAUGUAAAGGGAACAUUAAUUCAAGCAAAUGUGAGAGAAGAUUCUUCGUCGAGGAAUCUGAAAUACUACACAUUGGAAUUCCAAGUUGAGAGCCCUGCAUUCAGGAGACACAAUGUUGCUGUAUGCUGUGUCAAGGGAGGAAAGUUAUUCACUUUGAAUUCCCAGGCUCCAGAGUCGAUCUGGCCUAAGGUGAAAACUGAUUUUUACAGAAUAGCUGAUUCUUUUAGCCUAACAUCAUGACAAUAUCCCAAGGGCGCAAUGGAAUACAUUUCUUUCUUUCGUUUUUUCUUUGGCCCUUUCUUUAAAUUUUUUAAGGUUUUAUUGUAAUUAUAGUAUGUGUAAGGAAGGAGAAAUAUGGUUUUCUGCCCCAUAUCAUUAACUUGGACUCAGGAAUGUAUAUAUUGUUUCUUGUUAGGUUUAUCUAUUAUGCUUUAGAUGAA